GAGAAACAUAAAAUCUUGCAGCACUUUGACGACCAAUGAUUUGAUUGUGGCUUAAGUUUCCAUGGUGUUAUGAGAGGAGAGCUGGUCUGGUGGUAAAGGUAAAGUGUGCCGUCAAGUCGAUUUCGACUCCUGGCGCCCACAGAGCCCUGUGGUUUUCUUUUGGUAGAAUACAGGAGGGGUUUGCCAUUGCCUCCUCCCACGCAUUAUGAGAUGAUGCCUUUCAGCAUCUUUCUAUAUCGCUGCUGCCCGAUCUAGGUGUUUCCCAUAGUCUGGGAACAUCAGUUCCCAUAGUCUGGGAAACAUACCAGUGAGGAUUUGAACCGGCAACAUUGUGCUUGUUAGUCAAGCAUGGUGGUAGCAAGCAUGACUUGUCCCCUUUGCUAAGCAGGGUAUGCUCUGGUUUGCAUUUGAAUGGGAGACCACAUGUGAGCACUGUAAGAGAUUCCCCCUUAGGGGAUGGGGCCACUCUGAGAAGAGCACCUGCAUGCUUGCAUGCUGAAGGUCCCAAGUUCCCUCGCUGGAAGCAUCUCCAAGGCAGGGCUGACAGAGAUUCCUGCCUGCAACCUUGGAGAAGCCGCUGCCAGUCUGUGCAGACAAUGCUGAGCUAGAUGGACCAAGGGUCUGACUCAGUAUAUGGCAACUUCCUAUGUUGCUAUGAAUUUGGAACUACACCACUGCAAAACAGCACAUUGCAGCAAAUUUCUGCAGGCGUUCUGAAGAGGAAGAUAAUUCUUGCAUUCCUUCUAAAACGCUUGCACUCCGGGGAGUGUCUUCCUGAGCAGUAUCUUGGACAGUGAGCACCCAGAUGAAAGAGGCACAGAAAUAAAGCUUCUGAAUUAGGUGCUCCAGCUUCCAUUCUCUUUCUCUGGAGUAGAGGAAGGGUUUUUUUGGAACGGAAGGAUCCCUUUUCCCGAAGAUCAGAUUACUUAUUAACCUUUAGGUACAUUCUCUUAACAAAUUCCCUUGAGGGACUAGGUGAAUCCCAAAAGACUAGCUUCCCCAAACCCUGCUGCCCGGGGUCAGUCAUGAAUCUUGUAGGUGUCUUCUUACUUCUGGCGUUUUGCGGAAGAACUUUGACUCAGGAGCAAACCUACGUCAUUGCAGCACCCAAAUGGAUCCGGGCUGGAGCAUCUGAGAAGGUGGUGAUCCAAGCCUAUGGAUACGAACAAGAAUUUCCAGUGACCAUCUCUAUUAAGAGCUUCCCAGAUAAACGGACCACUUAUGCUUCUGGUCGCAUUCAGCUCUCUCCCGCCAAUAAGUUCCAAGAUUCUGUAACUUUAACGGUCCAGCCAAAUGAUUUAUCAAGCAGAGACACAAACAAUCCAGUACAGCAUGCAUAUCUGGAAGCCGUUUCUUCACACUUUACAAGGGAGAAGAAAAUCCCCAUUAGUUAUGAAAACGGAUUUCUCUUUAUUCAGACAGACAAACCGAUUUACACUCCUGAUCAGUCCGUGAAGGUCCGGGCCUAUUCUUUGAAUCAAGAACUGAGGCCAGCCCAAAGAUCCACCACCCUGACUUUUGUGGAUCCAGAAGGAGUUGAGGUGGAUAUUAUCAAAGAAGACGACUUCACUGGCAUUGUAUCUUUCCCUGACUUCAAAAUUCCUCCAUACCCUAAAUUUGGUACUUGGACCAUUAAAGCCAAGUAUGAGAAGGACUUCAGAACCUCCGCGGAAGCCAAGUUUCAAGUCAAAGAAUACGCAAUGCCAGGCUUCUCUGUCUCCAUUGAACCGGAAGCGAACUUCAUUAGUAACCAGCACUUUGAGAGAUUCCGGAUUACUAUUAGGGCAAGUUAUUUUUACAACAAGAGAGUGGCCCUUGCUGACGUGUAUAUCCGAUUCGGAAUCAUUCAAGGAGCCGAGAAAACCAUGAUGCCAAAUGCCCUGAAGCUUGUCCAGAUGCAAGAUGGAGUUGCCGAAUACGUUUUUAACAGCAAGGCCGCUGUUGCUGAAUUACACUAUAAAUCUCUCCAAGAUCUUGAUGGCUCAUAUCUUUACGUUGCUGCUUCUGUGCUGGAAUCUAAUGGUGGCCUGAGCGAAGACAGUGAAUUUCUGGGUAUCCGAUACGUCCUGUCUCCUUACAAACUGAAUCUGGUGGCGACUCCUCUCUUUGUGAAGCCCGGACUGCCCUUCCACAUCAAGGUUCAAGUGAAAGAUCCACUAGAUGUACCUGCCAGAGAUAUCCCCGUUGUCCUCACAGCAAGUACCUUCAGUGAACAAAUGGAAGAGACCACAUUAAUUCGAGAAGGGGAAGAACCUGGGAGAGGUCGAACGAGUCUGAACGACGGGACGGCUUUAUUUGUGGUGAACAUUCCUCGGAACACUGCCGUGCUGGAGUUUCGAAUAAAAACAGCAGAUGCCAGUUUACCGGAAGAAAACCAAGCGAGCGAGCAGUAUGAGGCGAAACAGUAUGUCUCUCUCAGUGGAAGCUAUCUGUACAUCAACUGGGCUACAAGCCACCAAACGCUACGUGUAGGGGAAUACCUCCAACUCAGUGUCCACCCAUCCAGUCCCUACAGUGAGAAAAUACAUCACUACAGCUAUUUGAUAGUAUCCAAGGGAAAAAUAAUAAGCUACGGGAUUCAGGAGAGGAUUGAACGCUCAGAUUAUCAAAGUCUAAAUUUUCAGCUAACUCAGGACAUGGUUCCUUCAGCCCGCCUGCUCAUUUACUACAUCGUCACAGGAGAGGGAGCUGCCGAGCUGGUGGCUGAUUCAGUCUGGUUAAAUAUAGAGCAGAAAUGUGGGAAUAGCCUCAAGGUUCAGCUGUCCUCAGGCAGUGGAUCACACAGCCCGAAAGAUUCAGUGUCACUUCUCAUGAGAACCCAGUCUAGCUCUUUCGUUGCUCUAUCAGCUGUGGACAAGGCAAUUUAUGGAGUCGUGGGAAGCACAAAAAGGCCUAUGGAAAGAGCACUUCUGCAGUUGGAGAAGAGUGACCUGGGAUGUGGCGCUGGCGGAGGACGGAACAACGUGGACGUAUUCCGACUGGCCGGGCUGACCUUUCUCACCAACGCCAAUGCAGAAGACUCCAAGGAAGAAGAUGAUGCUUGUCAUGCCAUCACAAGAUCAGCGAGGUCCACCAUCAAAGAAGAAAUUGAAAAAUUGGUAUCCCAGUUUAAGAAGGAGGAAGUCCGGAAAUGCUGCCGGGGAGGGGCAGAACAGUACCCUCUCCAAGACACAUGCAACGACAGAGCCAAGCGCAUUACGAUCCUCUUGUGCAAGCGGGUCUUUUUGCACUGUUGCGAUUUCGUAUCCCAGCUACGUCGGAAUGCGACCGACGGCAAAGUGAUCAUGCUGGGAAGAAUGGCAUUUAACGCCCUGCUCGAUUUGGAAGUAGAGAUCCGAAGCUAUUUCCCUGAAAGUUGGCUUUGGGAAGUCCACCAAGUUCCUGGUUCAAAAGCCCUCUCUGUGACCCUGCCUGAUUCGCUGACCACGUGGGAGAUACAAGGUGUUGGCAUCUCAGAUCAAGGUAUAUGUGUUGCCGAUCCCCUGCAAGUGGCAGUCAGCAAAGAGGUCUUCCUAAGCGUGCAUAUUCCCUACUCUGUUGUCCGCGGAGAGCAAAUUGAACUGAGAGGAUCCGUUUACAAUUACAAAAAUUCCAGGAUCAGGUUUUGUACGAAGGUCUCUGUGGGCGAAGGAAUCUGCCUCUUCCAAGGUGCAAACACAAAUCCGCAGGGCAUACAGUCUAGUAGCUGUAAUCGGCCACGCACAGAACUCACGGGAUCUUCUGUGGCCUUAGUCAAGUUCAAGAUCCUCCCUCUGGAGAUAGGCCUCCACACAAUCAACUUCACCCUUUUAAGCACUUUGAACAGCGAGACCCUCGUGAAAACAUUGAGAGUUGUGCCUGAAGGCAUCCGAAAGGAGGAACACGAAGGUCACACUCUGGACCCACAAGGCGUUUACGGCACAGUGAAGAGGCAGGUGGAAUUUCGUCAGAGGAUUCCACCAAAUUUGGUCCCGAAGACCGGAGUCGAGAAAACCGUGAGCAUAAAAGGUCUCCUUCUGGGCGAUGUGUUCACUGCUGCACUCAGCCCCGAAGGCCUCAAGUUACUUGCUAACCUCCCCAGGGGAAGCGCAGAAACAGAACUUAUGAAUGUCGUGCCAGCCAUUUUUGUGUAUCACUAUCUGGAAACGACGAACAGCUGGGACCUGUUUGGCCUGGAAACCCUCACUACAAGAAUUAAACUGAGGAGGAGGAUGAGAGAAGGAAUUGUCAGCAUCCUCUCGUUCCGAAAACCCGAUUACUCUUACAGUAUGUGGAAGGGUGGUGAGUCAAGCACUUGGCUGACGGCUUUUGCCCUAAGGAUUUUUGGACAAGUUUACCAGUAUCUGGAGCUCGACAAGUCCUCUGUCUGUGAGUCUCUGAUAUGGAUGAUUGAAUACUGUCAAAUGUCCGAUGGAUCUUUCAGGGAGAUCUCAAGUUACCAGCCAGUAAAACUACAGGGCACGUUGCCUAAAGAACAGAAAGAAAAGACGUUAUAUCUCACGGCCUUCUCCCUGAUUGGAUUUGAAAAAGCAAUUCACAUCUGCCCACUGCAGAGAGUCCAAGACGCUAAGAAUAAAGCUGAAGAUUAUUUGCUGAAAAAUUACAGAUCGGCUCAAAGCACGUUUUCUUUGGCAAUUGUUACUUAUGCGCUUGCUCUCGCAAAGUCCAAGCAGCCUGACGCCCGCACGGCCUUCAGCUUGCUCAAGAGAGAGGCCCUUGUGAAAGUGGGCCCUCCUUUGUAUCGUUACUGGAAAGAGUCUUUCAACAAAGUAGACCAGAGCAGUCCCUCCAAGGAAAGCGCCAAGAUGGUCGAAACCACCGCCUAUGCCCUGCUAACCAUUCUUCUACACGGAGACCAAGCCUAUGCGGACCCCAUUAUCAGAUGGCUGUCAGAACAGCAGAGAUACGGCGGAGGAUUUUAUUCUACCCAGGAUACAAUCAACGCUCUAGAAGCACUGACAGAAUAUUCCAUUCUGGUCAAACGGCUGGCACUCAACAUGAACGUCAAAGUCGCCUACAAGAAUUACGGAGAUUUUCAUCAGUAUAGGCUUACAGGAAACAAUUACGCUGGCAAGCCUGUGGAAGCGCCCUUGAAUGAUGACAUCGAGGUGCGUACAGGUAGCAACACUGGACUGGCAUUCGUGAAUCUGAGGAGGGUGUAUUACAAAUUCAGCACCUCCGAAGACACCUGCAAUUUUCAGCUGAAGAUCGACGUGAAGUCACCAAAUGAAAUGGAUCCCGACCGAUCUUACUCCAGGUGGUAUAAUGAACCCAGCACCCUGAUGGCCUGUGCAAAGUACAGGCCUAGCAGGGGAGAACCGCAGUCCUCCUCUUCCCAUGCUGUGAUGGACAUAUCUUUGGUCAGUGGACUGGAAGCAAACACAAACGAUUUAUCUGUCCUUACAAAUGGAGUGGACCAGAUCAUAUCUAAUUAUGAGAUAAGAGAGGGACACGUCAUAGCACAAAUAGACUCCAUUCCAGCCGGCGAAUUCUUGUGCAUUGGCUUCCGAGUGACGGAAAUUUUCCGUGUUGGCAUGCCAAGCCCAGGGACUUUCACUGUGUAUGAAUAUCACAACCCUGAUAAACAGUGCUCUAUGUUUUACAAUCCUUAUGGAGAAGAGUCACUUGUAAGACUGUGUGAAGGCAGGGAAUGCAAAUGUAUGGAAGCGGAAUGUGGGCUCAUGCAGACGAGAGCAGAUCCGUCCAUCAGUGUCGAUUCGAGGAGGGAAGCCGCUUGCAAGAGCAACACUGCGUACGUCUAUAAAGUGAACAUCCUGUCCUCCAAGACGGAAGGCAACUUUGUUAAAUACACCGCAACUCUCGUGGAUCUCUACAAAAGAGGGGAGGCUUUUGCUCAGAGGAAUGCAGAGGUUUCCUUUAUUAAAAAGACUUCAUGCUCGGAGGUCCAGCUCAGCCCAGGAGAGGAUUAUUUGAUCAUGGGGAAAGAGGCCUUGAAGAUCGGCGAAGGUGUUGAUGCCAAAUACCAGUAUCCUUUAGACGCCAUGACCUGGAUUGAGUGGUGGCCUUCGAAGUCAUCUUGUGCCUCCUGUCAAGAUUUUGUAGAGUUGAUGGAGGAAUUUGUGGAAGAUCUCUUCAUCAACGGCUGCUAAUCCUACCCGGAGACCUCCUCUGGACAAUCUGCAGACCAACCCACCAAAAUGUAGCAUAUGUAUUUUCUAGUCUUCUGCCUGACGUUCCAUGACAUCCAUGGCUGUUUUAACCAGGAAAGUUGCACCAACCUGCAUCAAUAAAACAAUUUAACAUUU